AUGCAUAGAUUCUCACUCAACGUGCUGGCGCCAGCCCUGCUAUACUCUCAUGGCGCCCUGGCUGUGGAAUUUGCCCAACUUGCCAUCGGAUGGUGUCUUGAUCAUCCGGGAGCGGAGGCUGGCAAGAUUGUCUGCAAAGCAUCUGGUCAGACAGGCAGCACCAACCCUGACGCUGUAGCCUGCGUGUCAUACGGCGAAUGUGAUUGUUCCCGAUUCAAAGACGACGGUAGUAAUGAGUAUUUCCAGUGCAUCUCAAAUCCGAAUUGUGCUGCGUGCACUUCACCCGAUGCAACGCCUGCACCCCCAGCAUCUUCAAUUUACGGACUUGAAACCGUCGCUCCAGGCACCUACUCGGUUACAUUUGACGGCACCAUCAAAACUGUCGUUGUACCAUCUCCGACUGCCACCACAACAGAGUUGAUUACGGUUACGGCGAUGUCCACCUUGACUCUGACUAUCACGCAGGACCCUACAACAAGAACAACCCGUGUACAGACUUCUACACACAAGACCACAACCUCGACUCUUCCAACUCAGACAACCGCAGAUACGACUGGAAGCACAGCGCCUGUCCCAACAGCCCCGCCAACGUGUCCGUCGUAUUGUACGUGCGAGCCAAAGUACGGAUAUCCUGAUACAUAUGAAAACUGUCUCCAGCAGCCUGAGUGUGCUGGUUGUGGAAUCCCAUUCCCUCCGUUGCCCGAUCCUGUUCCCGAGCCCACAACAUUCUGGAAGAACUCGACCACGACGUCUUCGACCAAGCCGACCCCGUCAUGCUCUGCUUCGUGCGAUUGUUCACAGAUCAAGGACAAAAGUAGCGAUGCCUACUUCCAAUGCAUCACUGACCCCAACUUAUACAAUUACAUCUGCACCUCGUACAUUUGA